CGGAUAGCACGGUUGAAAACGAAUAAAAUCACGAAACGAUCCGAACUACCGUACUGCAAAAGUGCUUUACAAUCCCACAUCAUAUAGUACCACUCAACGCAACGACCACAGUAAUUCUCUGAAAUGCGGCUUCUGCGAAAUACUGCCUUUGCCUCACGUCAUCCAAAUUGUGUUGCUUCCAUAAGAUUUCUUCUUUUCUUGAACCUGGUUUUCCUUGCUCUGAACACGAACCGAACCCUGGUCUCGAUUAUCGACGUAACAAGUUUUGUUGAGAUCAACGAUGAACCGCAGUACCGUAGAAGAACAACAGAAACAACGGGAUCAACAAUCGAGGACGAGAGCCAACAACAACAGCAAAUACUACCGGGGUGUCCCUCUGUCAUAAGAAAAAAGGCGGGGCUCUUCGACCAGAAUACUAGCGAGAGCCUGCUCAGGGGCGAUUUUGCCGACACGGUACUCCUGGUGAGCUCGAACUAUGCAUACUACAACAUGUUGCAGAACUGGGAAUACAUGGCCAGUCAGCUCCAUCUCCAGUGGGCGGUGCUGGCGCUGGACAAUGAGCUGUACGAGGAGCUUGGGCCGUCCAGAGCCAUCCCCGCCAAGGAGGAGUUCACGGUGUCAGGGCCGCAAGAAUUUAGAAAGGGAAGCUUUCAAGGGCUCACCUGCAACAAAGUCCGCAUGGCCCUCGAAGUUGCCAGCGCGUGCAAGAUGAAUGUGGUCUUCACCGAUGUCGACAACGUCUUCUUCCAGAACCCCUUCGAGCACGACCUCGGGCGGCUGAUCCGAUCGCAGCGGUACGAUUACGUGUACCAACCGAACCAACCGGCGUGGGCUCCCCUCGAGGAUCAGUGUCUGAAGGGAAAUCCACGUAAGGAAGCCAACACCGGCUUUUAUUACUUCAACCACAAAAGUGAAAUCUACAGGAACAUUGCGGAAUCGAUGCUCGAGGUGUGCGUGAGACCUGAAAACAAGAUCGACGACCAGAGCCUGUUCUGGAAGGAAUUCUGGAAAGCCGAAAAACGCAUCACGAGCAGGAACCAAACCGAAGGUAGCGACGCUUCCUUCCACCACUGCGAUCUCUCUGAAUACGUAAACCCUUGGUCACAACAAAACAAUUUUUCGAAAACAAGCGGUAGUAACAAACGGAUCUUCCAGUAUUGCUGUUUGGAUCCAUACUUCUACCCAAUUGGGAAGCACAAUGCAAGGGACGGGCCUUCGAAUAAGAACCCGGUAACGUACCAUGCCAAUUACGCCUCUAAGUACGGUAGAAAGGUAGAGAAACUCGUACACGCACGGUCGGAUGGAUACGGCUGGGACAUGUCGAGGUUCAAGGACGGCCACGGGGGGGUUUUGGAGGCCCCCAAAAAAGGCCAGGAUAAGAAAAAAUGAUAACAGAAAACGAAGGGAGAUUGACGCUCACGAGGAACACCGAGAUUACGUUAUUGGAUCGACGUAGAAGUCUGUCAUAAUAGAGAAUCAAAGCAAUCACCAAUCGUAGAUAGCACGAAUGAAGAUACAACUCAGCC